AUGACUAUGAAAGGCGCUCAGACGGACAUCGAGUGGUUCUCACCUGAGGAAGUGGCUGCUGCUCGUGAAGAAUAUCUACAGGAGCAGGAAAAAGAGCAGCCGUCGCCUCAGGUCAAACUACGGUACGCUGUUGCUUUGGCAAAAAGUCGAAAACGCGACGACAAACAUCGUGCGAUUGGAUUACUGGAAGAUCUUUUGGAGCAGAGCUACGCUCCUAAGGAGAGUUUGUACUGGAUCGCACUUACUCUAUGUGGUUUGGGAGACUAUCGUGCUAGUCGCAGCUAUUGCGAGCGUUUGCUCCGCAUGGAGCCGUCACAUAUGAAGGCACAAUUGUUGCAUAAGAGGAUUAAGGAGGUCGUAGCAAAAGAAGACGGAGUAGUAAGCGUGGGUAUCGUUGGGGCUGUGGUUGUCGCUGGAUUGGCACUUAAUUUUCAUUGCAGACAACUCAACAAUUUAUGA